UGCUGUUUGCUUUUGGUGUUAAACAACUUUGCUUUCCUAAAAUGGUUAGUUAUUAAAUAUUUUUUAAAUUCUCUUGAAUUUGUUUGAAAAAAUUUUGGGACGGGGUUUUGAAGGGUUAAUUUAGCCUGAUAUAAAUGAUUUUUGUCGAUUAGAUUUUUAAUGUUUCAAGAAUCAUUGUAGUGUAAUUUAUUUAGACUUUUAAGUUUGCUUCUGUAAGACUUUUGAAUGGGGAUGCGGUAAUUUUGAACGUGACAGACCCCCUUUUUUCCUCCCCAUUUUUCACCCUAUAUUUUUUAAAAAUGGUCAGACUUUUUCCUUUCUUCCAUCCAAUUUGCCUUUCUAAUUUUUGCCUGCAAUCAAACAAAAAGGAUUAUAAAAAGGAGGAAUUACGUUUGAGCGAUAAUGAUUUCGAUGCAUGGCUCGAAGAGCUUGGACUUCUCCAUGGAAAAAGAACCUGCCAUAAAUGUGUCCAUUUUUAAAAAAUAUAGGGUGAAAAAUGGGGAGGAAAAAAGGGGGUCUGUCACGUUCAAAAUUACCGGGGAUGCUGCUCUAAUUCGUGAACACUUUGAAAAGCAAUGGAAAGUUCUUGAGAUUGGAAAAAAGGUGCAUGUGAAGGUUCAACGUCUUUUUGAGAUGCCGUUGAAGCAGCAAGAGGAUAUGGUUUUGCAAUGCUUGCCAGUUGGUCUGAGGUUUAUUGAGAAGGAGAUGACGAAAAUUAGUGAAGAGCGUGAUAUUCUGACU